GCGCUUGAACACGGUAUCACCGAUGCGGAAGUGGUUCAUGCAUGGAAGAGCAAUGCGUUGCCGCUCAGGUUCUGGGUGAAUCUGAUCAAGAAUCCACAUUUUGUGUUCGACAUUCAGAAGCCAACCAAGGUAUUGAUCAACUAG